CCCCCGUAGCUUCUCUCAAGAUGUCUACUGUCCACGAGAUUCUUUGCAAGCUCAGCUUGGAGGGCGAUCACUCCACACCGCCAAGUGCAUACGGGUCCGUCAAGGCCUACACCAACUUCGACGCUGAGCGGGACGCUUUGAACAUUGAAACAGCCAUCAAGACUAAAGGUGUGGAUGAGGUCACCAUCGUCAACAUUUUGACCAACCGCAGCAAUGAACAGAGACAAGACAUUGCCUUCGCCUACCAUCGAAGGACCAAAAAGGAACUUCCAUCAGCCCUGAAGUCAGCCUUAUCUGGCCACCUGGAGACAGUGAUUUUAGGCCUAUUGAAAACACCUGCUCAGUAUGACGCAUCCGAGCUGAAAGCUUCCAUGAAGGGGCUGGGAACCGAUGAGGACACCCUCAUCGAGAUCAUCUGCUCCAGGACCAACCAGGAGCUGCACGAAAUCAACAGAGUCUACAAGGAGAUGUACAAGACUGACCUGGAGAAGGACAUCGUGUCGGACACAUCCGGCGACUUCCGCAAGCUGAUGGUCGCCCUGGCGAAGGGUAGGAGAGCAGAGGACAGCUCUGUCAUUGAUUAUGAACUGAUUGACCAGGAUGCCCGGGAUCUGUACGACGCUGGUGUGAAGAAAAACACAGGCCGGUUCUUUUAUUCUGUGGGUUGUAAUUUGGAACAUCAACUUGACUUGCAGGGCAAGGGGACCCGUGAUAAAGUCCUGAUUAGGACCAUGGUCUCCCGCAGUGAAGUGGACAUGUUGAAAAUCAGAUCUGAAUUCAAGAGAAAGUACGGCAAAUCCCUGUACUACUACAUCCAGGUAUGUCCUGUGGGCCAGGCACCGCUGUCCUGA